AGACAGACAGUUCAUAAUACAAUUCGGUGAGCGUAGGUUAUUCGGUUCGUGCGUUGUCGAUUUAUCUAAAAUACACCUGUGAGACACUGUGACAUUUUCAAUUUAUUUAUUUUUUGUGUAUCGAAAUUCUAUAAAUAAAGUGGAUCGUUUGUGAUAAAGCCACAUGAUAAACGCAUUGGCGUCAUUUGCGAGUUCAAUUUAAUUUAUUUAUUAUGGAAAUGUUUGUAUAAUCUCGCGUUAUUUGAAAGAAUGGUUAUGACCGCAAUUCGUUCUGUGCUUUGUGUUAACAAUAUGAUUAGUGCAUCAUUACUACCUUAAGAAGAAUCUUUUAUCAAUACUAAACUGUGUGUAUAUCCAUUGGGGGAGCUAUUAAACGAUUCUAUCAUUGGAUUUUAAACAUCUCAACAUUGGUGACAAAACACGACGAUUCCGAUAGCUAAAUAAUGACGCGGAUGGAAAUCCAACUUCAGUAUUUUACUUGAUUGAAGAACCCCAAACCGCAUAGCAACGAGAUGACUUCAAUCAAUCACCACCACUAUCGACCCCAUCACCAACAUCACAUGACAAAAUUUCUAUUUCUGUGCACAUUAUUCAUGGCGACGAUAUUUCCAUCGUGUAAAUGUUCCUCAAACAGUUCAAAGUUGGGCGUCCAUAUGAUACGAUCGCCUGAAUCGACCAUAGCACCGUUACGCGACGAGGUGCUAUUCGAAUGUGAAUUGAAUCUCAGUCCGGAUCGAUUGGAAUGGCGUUUCCGGUCGGCGACGUCUAAUGGACUCUCGGACGACUAUUUGUAUUUAACGAAAAAUGACCGAUACAACAUCACCACCUUCGAUGGAACAUCGAAGCUACGUGUCUACGUCAAUCAAAAUUCAGUCGGUGAAUACCAGUGCGUCGCUUGGUUUGGUGCUUCAGCGUUGGCAUCCAUUCCAGCUAGAUUAACAUUAGCAGCAAUAAGUUUAGAUAAUAAGACAUCACUCAAUAGUAGUAGUGAAGAUGGUACGACAUUAAGUCGUAACCUACCACUUCAAAUUGUACAUUGGAAAGUCCAUCCGGGAAAUAGUAUUUUAAUUAAAUGCGGUGACGUGGUGUCGAAUCCAGCACCUGCAUGGAGUUUUUUCAAAGACGAUAGCCCAGUACCCACCUCAGUUCCUCAAUUAUCGUCCGGUUCACUUAUAUUGCAAUCAAUCACGUCUGAACAUUCCGGCAUGUAUUCUUGUUCAGCAGUCAACUCAAUCACCGGAAACGAAAUAAAAUUGCGGCAAAAAAUCGAACUCGUUGUCGAAAGUACGGCGAAGAGUGCGCCAAAAUUUCUAGUCAGUCCAGUGCAAAAGUUUGCCGUAAAGCCAGGCGCUACAGCAAUACUUGAAUGUCCCGGUGUAGCCAAUCCCAUUCCAAAAGCCGUUUGGAGCCGACCCGAUGCAGCCAUCUAUAACAAUCGUACAACGGUUUUGAACUAUGGCCUACAGAUUUUGGAUGUGAUGCCAGACGAUCGCGGAAUGUACGUAUGUCGUCUAGACAAUGGCAUUACGCCCGUUUUGGUGCAUACAAUACAGUUAGAAGUGCAAGAAAUGCCUAGCAUAACCGAUGGCCCACAGGAAACGUUAACGAAUGAAGGCGAUUCGCUGGAACUUCGAUGUAUGACUCGUGGAUAUCCACAGCCCAUCAUUUACUGGAUGAUCAAUGGAGCGGAUACGAAAUGGGAUCCGCUGAUCAAAUCGAAUGGAAGUUCGCUUGUUAUUGAAACCGUGCAGAAGAAACAUGCUGGAAUAGUGCAGUGUUUUGCAAAAAAUGAUGCUGGAGAGGUCAACUUCAGCAACCUACUUCAAGUUAAGCCGAAACAAAUAUCUGGUGAAUUAGGACUGCAACCGCUGGGUACUUUUCCGCAAACAACGAGAGCCAACGAUCAUACGGGAAAACCGGCUAAAGGACAUAAAAAGCACAAACACACAAUGAUUCCUCCGAGUCGACCGUCGAUAACACGUCUAUCCGAUAACAAAGUUAUGGUUCGAUGGACGGUGCCGGCCAAAGGUGGUUUGCCCAUUAGUUUCUUCAAAGUGCAAUAUCGAGUGCUCGGUGAUACUUCGAAAAAAGUUCCGCGUACCAUUUGGAUGACCGAUUCAGAAGACAUUCUACCCGAAGUUCGAAUGUACGAACUGGACAAUCUGAAACCAGACCAUUACUAUCGCUUUCGCAUUGCUGCCGUUUACUCGAACAAUGACAACAAGCUGAGCAAUGUGUCGACGAAAUUCUUAUUACAACGUGGAUCGCAGCUGGGUCCGUUCAAGAGCAAUUUGAUUGCACCGAAUUUGACGAGAGUGGAAGCCAUUUCGGAAACUGCUAUCGUAUUGCAUUGGUUGUUCCCAUCGCGGCCAACAAGUCCGGUCGAUGGUUUUUAUGCUUACUAUCGUAAAGCAUCGACUGCCGGCGAAUAUAUGAAGGCUACGGUGGAUGGUAUGCAGACGAGACAUUUUAAAAUCGAUCAUCUGGAACCGGGAACGGCUUACGAAUUUAAAUUGCAAAGUUUCACAGCAUCGGCUGCUUCCGAUUUCUUGGCCAUUAUAACCGGGAAAACUUUGAAACCAUCGACACCUCCGCCAUUAACUGAUACUUCUGAAAAUGAGACAACAGUGAACACAUCAAAGUCUUAUUUACCGUUAAUAGCUGGUGGCACUGGUGGUGGUUCCUUAUUGUUGUUCGCCACAAUCUUAGCCUGUGUCUGUAUGAAACGUAGGAACGCUGAUCGUGAUGAUGAUGCGAACGAAAACAAAGCUCAUCCUGAUCACAUCCAGGCCGAACCGAAUGGAUUUGCUGGGGCCAAUGGUAGAGGUGGUCUUAUUAGUUCACCAAUUCAUAAGAGUAGUCGAUUGAAUGGUGUCGUUCCUCGUAUGAACAUAACGUCGAAUCCACUAGCCCAAGAUGGCGAUAAGAAUUCAGCGUGAUUGUUCUAGAAUCGCAAUGUGAUGGAGCUCCGGUUUCUACCUGUUGCCGCCGUCCAACAAAAUAACAACCAUACGCAACCGGGUGACGCCCAGCAUCGCCGAACGCUGGAACGAAGCACACGCAAUUUACAGUAUGCCGGCGGUACAGCUGGCGAUGGUACAAAUAAAAUGCUGCACAAUGACAACGGCGUGAAUGCAUCGUCGAUGCGACGAACGCGUCGGACGUCUGGUUCGGGACCGGGUAGUCCGAGAGUGGUGCGUGGCGUUAGUUCGGAAUUGUUGCAUAACCGUUCGCCGAUGCCAGUACGAGCGCAUAACAGUAAGCGAAAUCGAUUGGGUAGUCGAACCGAGAACAUGUCGUCGGGUAGUCUAAACAGUAUUGAAGUUUAAGGGAAGAAAAUGGAUGUAUGGAAAAGUAGAAAAAAAAAGAAAUAUUUUUUUUGCUUCGCAUUUGGCGGGCGCAUAACAUGAAGAAAGAAACAAGACGUGUGAUAUUUUCUCAAUAUUAAUUUUGACGAAAAAAAAAAGUUUUUAUAAAAGAAGUCCUCUCCGAUGUAAUUGUAAAUCUUUUAAAUGAAACAAAAGACAAUUUCUCCUAGAUACUUAAGUAUAUAAGUAAGACACGACUGCGGGUGGGAUAGGAACACAGCGGUCAAUUAAUUUAUUUUACAUUUUAAUACAAUUUCUAUUUUGUAAGACUAGGUUCCUUAGAAUAAUUAGCGAAAAAAAAGUUUAUUUAA